UGGUGUUAACCCAGAGCAACAUGUAAUGGAUGAGAUGAGACCUGUAGAAGAGAGUCUUGCAUCUGUCCCCAGUCCCAAGCAAACAGAUGUAGAUGACAGCAGCUGUACAUCUAAAACCUUUACCUCUGUUGGAACACAGUGGGAAGACCACAUCUUCGAGGAGCAUUGUUAUAUUAAGAGACAACACAGUAUAACUUAUGUAAACCAGUCAACGCAGUGCGAUACAUUCAAGCCUCUAACUCUGAUGAAUGACUAUGACUCAAAUCUCUACACUGGGCUCCCUCUCCACACAUUUCAUACCCUUGUAGCUGUUCUGCGUCCCCAUGAGAAUCUGGCUUACCAGACUGAAAUUGAACAGCAAAUCUUGCUCACAUUAAUGAAGCUGAAAUUAAACCUGUUGAUAGAAGAUCUUGCCAUUCGAUUCCGUAUAUCAGUGAGUCAAGUGAGCAAGAUAAUUUCUUUUUGGAUUGACACCAUGGCUGCAGUCUUAAAGGAACUGAUACCAUGGCUCCCCAAAGAGACAAUCAGGGCCACAACACCAGAGGCAUACAAGCAACAUUAUCCCAAUGUUACCUGUAUCUUAGACUGCAGUGAAAGUGAAGUCCAAAGACCAGGGAACCUAGACUCAAGGUCUGAAUCAUACAGCCACUACUAUGCUUGCAACACCAUCAAGUAUUUAGUGGCUAUUGCACCAUGUGGUCUAGUAAUGUUUAUAUCUGCAGCAUGUGGGGGACGCUGUAGUGACAAAUUCAUCACGUGUGAUUCUGGCAUUCUCGAAUACCUCCAUCCAGGAGAUGAAGUGAUGGUGGACAGGGGUUUUUUGAUUAGAGACUUGUUGUUUGAAAGAAAAGUCAAUAUGAUAAUUCCUCACUUUGCCAACAAAAUGCAGCUAACAGAAGAAAAAGUCACAUGUAGUCGCAGGAUUGCAAAUGUAAGGAUACAUAUUGAACGUGCAAUUAGGAGACUGAAAGUAUACAAGGUGUUAUCACAAACCUUGCCUAUCACCCUUAUGCCAAAGAUAGAUAAAAUUCUGCGUAUAUGUGCAGCUUUAGUGAAUUUGCGUGGUGAUCUAAUCCGUGAAGCAGAUAAUUAAGUUAUUUUAAAAUGAAAUGUUGUCUUCUUCAACUCGCUCUCAUGAUUUAUUUUGAAGAAUGUUGGUAACCAGACAGUUGAUAGUAAUCAGAC